AUGGCACGCGUGGGCUUCCACGUCUUCCUGGUCCUGUACUUUUCCUUGCUACACUCCGGCUCCGGACGCCCGCCUCGCAUCAGGAAGGCCGUGUCGCCUCGAGCAACCGAAGAUGAUGACGUGAAGAGCCAGCUUGAGAAGUUGUGGCAGGAGGUGAAUUUGCUAAAAGAGAUGCAGGCCUUGCAGACAGUGUGCCUCCGUGGCAUCAAAGUUCACAGGAAGUGCUAUCACACCGUUGAGGAACCCAAACACUAUCAUGAAGCGAACGAGGACUGCAUCGCGCAAGGCGGAACCCUCGCAACGCCGCGAGACGCCACCGAGAACAGCGACCUCCGAGACUACGCCAAGAGGAGUUCCCCGGGCUCAAAGGACUUCUGGAUCGGCGUGGCGGACAUCGUGAAAGAAGGCCAGUACGUCGACGUCAACAGUCAGCCCGUCGCCUACCUGAACUGGGACCGCUCCAAGAAGCAACCCACGGGAAGCAAGAGAGAGAGCUGCGUGGCUCUUUCGGUGGCGGCGCACGGCAAGUGGUACGACGAGGUGUGUCGCAGUUUGAAAAAGUACAUUUGUGAGUAUGUCAUUCCCUAA